GCCCAGCUUUAGCUUGAGAACACCCUCUGUAGAGCCCACUCAUUACUUCUCAAAGGCUUUUGGAAGCCUUUUUGGACACAGCUCAUGCCUCUUGUGGCCUCUCCAGCCUAGAGGCUGCCUCCUGGCAUCCAGUCUGGGCCCAGCUCUACCUCCUGGAUAUAUCGACAGGCCCACCUCUUGCCUCACAAGAAACUCUGUGGACUCAACUCCUGCCCAGCUCCUGGCGGCCUUUGUAGGCCCAAAAUGUCCUCAAGUCAAGGUCUCCAGGCCCACCCAGCUGAUGCCUCAUGGUGGCCUCGCCAAUGCCAACUCUUCCUCCUGUCUCCGUCUACAGGCCCAAGUCCUGCCUCACAACAGCCUCUUUUGUUUUGGCUACUGGCCAGCAGCUAGUGACCUUGCCUUUGUAGGCCUGAAGCUUCCUCAGGUGGAGCUUUCCAGUAGGAAAAGCACCCAACUCCUGCCUGACAGUGGUCUCUCCAGGCCCAACUCUGGCCUCCCUGCAGCCUCCCCAGGACCAGCUGUUGCCUGGCGGCGGCUUCCCCAGACCAAGUUCCUGCCUGCCUCCUGGCUGCAUCCACAGGCCCAGCUCCUCCCUCAUAUUGGCCCAUUGAGGCUUACCUUAUGCCUCUGGUGGCCUCUCCGGGCCCAGCUCUGGCCUCCAGUGCCCAGCUGAUGCCUCCCGGCAGCCUUUCCAGGCCCAGCGUUGGCUUUCUGGCAUCCUCUCCAGGCCCAGAACAUUUCCAAGUCAGCCUCUCCGGGCCCAGCUCUUCCUCCCGGCUGCGUCUAAAGUCCCAGCUCUUGUCUCGCAGCAACCAUGUUUGGCCCAGCUCCUGCCCAGCACCCUGCAGCCUCUGUAGGCCACAGCCUUCCUCAGGUUGGGCUUUGUAGGCCCACCUUUGGUCUUCCGGCAGCCCGGAAAGAUCCAGCUCCUGCCUGACAACAGCCUCUCUAGGCCCAGCUCUUGCCCUCAAUGUCGGCCUCCCCAGGCCAUCUCUGCCUGCCUGUCUACCUGGUGGCAGCGUGCACAAACCCAGCUCUACUUUUCUGAUGGCCUCUUGAGGUGCAUGUCAUGCCUCACCACAGCCUCCCCAGGCAAAGGGAGGCUCCU